AUGCUCUCCCACAGUUUACUAACAAUUCUUGCCAUUCCGUUGAAUCUAAGUAAAAUAUUGAAACUUCUCGCACUCCUUAAAGUUCCAACUGCAACAGAUUCACAAUCACAGGGUGGUUCAACUCAUAUUCCUCCUGCAUUCAAGAAUUUCUCAUUGUCACAAAAGGAAAAAACUCUGGAAGAACUUGUGCGAGACCAAUGGCUUUGUUCAACCCUUGAUAAUAAAAUUGGACUUGGUGUUAGAUCGUUCCUCGAUCUAAGAAGUUGGUUUUAUAAUAAUGAUGUUGCUGCAUGUGAGGUUUGCAAUGAGGCUGGAGUGAAGGCAGAGUUUUGCGGAAAGGAGGGUUGUACUGUUCGAAUUCAUGAGUAUUGCCUGAAAAAGAAAUUCUCCCAAAGAGGGGUUGCAAGAGUUUGUCCAGGUUGUGGCACACAAUGGAGUAAUUCAUUGCCCAAAGAAGAAGCCAUAGAAGAGAAUGAUGAAAAUGGUCCCUCUCAGAACCACCCACCUCCGGUACCCUACAUGAGAAAAAGGCCUAGAACCCGUCAAACUGUUGAUGAUACUGUUGGAUCUGAUCCCUCCCAACCUUCAGCACCCGUUUCUGAUGCAAAGAGGAUAACUCGAAGUUCUGCCCGGCUGAGAAGUGCUACUUAAAUACAUUUGGUUUUUGUUGGGCACUAAGGUACCAGCAUUUCCAGUGUAUAUUACGUGGAAUCAUGCAUAUGGAAUGCUUGCAAACUCUGUUUUGGAGACCUAUUAUCAACGUUCUAGCUUGUACCAGACAAUUUUGAGGUAAAUAGAGAUCCAUCACACUGUCAGCUAUUGGCAUCGUGUCUAAUCUUGUGUAAAAUAAAAAGAACUGUGUGCUUAACUUGUUAUAUCAUUGAAAGAAAUGCAAAAAUGGAG